GGUUACACAGUAGAACAUGGCGCGAAAUUUGCGAUUCUUGUUGGUGCUAGCCACUGUUUUUGUGUCUAUUCUGUCACCAUGCACUGCGCAAACAGCAAAUAUAACAGUGCAUUUCAUAGGAUCUCCACAGUUCGAUUUCUUCAUGGUACCAAACAUGACCUUUGACAUCGGACAGGCUAGGGUUGUACUCAAAGGAUUGGAUGGUUGUGGCUGCCGCUCUGCUUGUGGUGUCCUUAAGGACGGAUGCAAAGCUUGGUCUUUAACUCACGCAGUGGAUGGAACCACCCAAUGUCAAAUUGCUCAAGAAGGACCCUUGACCAUUGUACCUAAUAAAAGUGAAAACGCUGAGUACUUCUUCAAGAAGUCUAGCGUUCCUGGGAGUUAUGAAUGGCCGGCAGACAACCUUCUGUAUCUUCUACUCGAUGGCACUUUCUCUUCCCAAGAAGCAAAGAAACGUUGUUCAAUGAUUCCUGGCCACAGGCUCUUCAUCGCUAAGACACAAGCAACAUAUGAUUACCUCUAUAGUCUUUGGUCAAGAUACCCUUCGAGCCCUUAUUUUAUUGCGGACCUUGUCAAGAAGAAUCAAACGGAAUUCGUUUGGGGAGAUGGAACAACUGACCAUGUUACACCUGGAAAAAUAUUUCGGAACGACGUUGUUGAAUUUAAUCUAUUCAUGCUGGUACUGAAUCAGCUUGAUGACGCACAAGAAAGUCAUGGACCCUUUCGAGCGCUUUGCCAAGUUAACCCAUUAGGUACAGAAUGGUAAAAGUUGCUCUGUAUUAAUGCAUUACCCAAGGAAACACGAACCACUGUCCUGAGACAGCUUGCAUGAACAUCUAAUAAAGGCAACGCUUACGAACAGAAUUCGACUAUGAAGGGAACAAACGCAUAACGACGAUUUGGCUGUUAAUGCAAUGGACUAUUUGAUCCACAAUAACUACGGAUGAUAUCCUUGAGACUUUGGCGACUAUGAAUUUCUAAUUUCUAAUAUUGGCGAAUUCAGAGGAUAUCCACCUUUAUAAACACAAGAUAUUCAGAGACGAAGGAGAAAAGAAGAAUUAAGUCACAAUACCAAAGAUGGAAAAUUUGAGCAACUUAUCAAAGGAUGAAAAUUAAAAGUAUUGACAUCAAAGAUGAAAAAAGCUUACGUUUGUUUAUUUUUAAUUAAAGAAGCGUCAAAUUUCAAUCUCACCUUGACACGCAAUUGCACUCAUUAAUUUUCAGAUCACUCAAUAUAGUCUCUGCUGCAUAAGGCAAUUUCCACCAAAAGAGAAAAUUGAAAGCUUCUUGCCUUGUUGAAAAAACUUUUUCAGGUAACCUCACUAAGUAUCUUAUUUGAAAAUGUUCUCACAGUAUUCCUGCAACUAAACUUAAAAGUUGUUAUAAAAAGCUAGUUCUUCACGUUAUAUGUUCAGAUCUUAUUAUAAACAAUA